UUUACUUACUAGAUCUUCCUUAUUCUCUUCACUACUAAAAGCAAAUUAGUUUCCUUUUUUUGAAGAGAAGAAGAAUGGCAAAAGGUGGAUACAAUGCUAGCAUCUUGUUGCUUCUCUCAAUGUUUUUGAUAUUGCUCAUUUCUUCCAAUGUGGUUGAGGGUUACAACAGGCUCCGCCCUAGUGAUUGCAAGCCAAGAUGUACCUAUCGAUGCUCAGCAACAUCACACAAGAAGCCAUGUAUGUUCUUUUGUCAAAAAUGUUGUGCUACAUGCUUGUGUGUUCCUGCUGGGGUUUAUGGCAACAAACAAACAUGCCCUUGUUACAACAACUGGAAGACUCAAGAAGGAAAACCCAAAUGCCCUUAAAUAUUAAGUUAGGGAAAUUAAUUUUUUCCAAUAAUUAAUGGAAAAAAAAUUAAGACUAUGGUCAUUGUGUUUUGUAUUGCAUUAACUUAAUUUCUUUUUUUAUGGAGUUUUGAUGUAUGUUUAAGCAAUUUGUAUUUCUCUACUCGGUUGUUAUCAGAGUCUAAGUUGUAGUACUGGAGUGAUAUGAUUAGUGAAGAUUCAUAUAGCCGACUCCAACUUGCUUCUUAUUGAGGUGUUGUUGUAAUCUGUUUUUAUGAGAAUAUAAUAAUAACUUAUUUAUUGAA